AUGCUAGCUCAGUUAUCUAUCGCUUGGCUGUUGUUCUUAAGGCUGACUGGAGCUGUAUUGACAACCUCGCUUCUGGUGACCACGGACGCCAAUGGGUUGCCACUGACAGAGACUUCCAUCUUUGACCCUGCAACGUUGGCUAAUGCAGCUGCAGGAACACCAAUUACCACAGUCAUCACUACUACCAAUAUCGCGGGCGUCUUGGUUACUUUAACUCAGACGAGGACGCCGACUGCCACUGGGACGACGGACAUAGCGCCAACUACGGCAGCUACAGCGACGGGAACCGGUUUGGUGACCAGCUUUGUGACUACGACAAAUGCUGCGGGCGCCACGGUGACGUCUCCGACGGUCGUUACUCCAGCAGCUACUACGGCAGCCACAGGGCUUGUUACAAGUGUCAUCACUACUACGAACGCUGCCGGCGCUACGGUGGUUUCGACUACUAUUUUCAACCCAACUGCCACUACCGUAAUCACGCCUAGCACCGCAGCAACAGGUUUGAUAACCAGCGUUUACACCACUACGGACGCCGCCGGUGCCACCAUUACAGGGACAACCCUUUUGUCAGCCGCAGGAGCUAGUAGCUCGUCGUCGGUCUCCGCUACGAGCUCUGCCACCCAGGCGGCUGUUGAAGAUCCAAAUGGUAGGCCAGACCCUUCUACGGAUUUUACUCAGCCACCACUUACUCCAGUGACUACACUGCCGAUGGACACUUACGUUACGAUCACUGAGGGAACUACAAGAACAUACACUACGACAAGGGCUAGAACCUCCGGAAUGUGGGUCACGGUGGUUAUACAGGGUCGCACAAUCACUACUACGACGACGUUUGCACAAAGAUUCACUUCGCAGUACACCACCGUGGCUUCACCAUCAUCGGGCUCCAUUGGUCUUGGGACUAUCUCAGGAACCAUUGGUCGCGUUAAAACCGACCUGGAGAGCACCAUUAAAAACGGUGCGGCCUCUAUUUGUUCAUCAUUUCUCAUUUCAUUUUUGGCGUUCGUUAUGUGGUUCUUGUAG